AGCGCACGCGGUGUAGCAAUCUAUUACAGAGGAGGAUUAGGUACGAGUCUAUGUUUUCAGUACAAAUUCAAGACCGUUGGUGUUGUGAGAACUACCGUAGCAUGCCUGGGAUAUUUCACUAAUGUCUGACUCGUACUACAAAGUGUUUGAAUCUACUGUUCGAGGUGACGACAAUGCUCUUAGACGUAUUCGGCAGUUUUACGGUACCGAAGUCUUCAAGUGGCGGGAAGAUUCGGCUCACACAGCAAUAGAAGUAGCAUGUCGUCAUGGAUAUAAAGACUGUUUACUAGAGCUGUUGGACGCAUAUCCGGUUCACCAGAUGAAGAAGUCGGAGAUUCCUGCAGUUAACAAAGCUGUCGAACUGUGUUGCAAUCUCGGUAGAGCCGAGUGCCUAGAUUUGCUACUAAAAUCUGGUGCCAAUCCGAAUACACUCAUUUCAGAGUCAAAGGGAACUCCUCUUCAUCUCAUUGCCAGUAGGGAUCACAUCAAUUGUGGGAUAGUGCUCUUACGCCAUAAAGCCGAUGUCAAUCUUUCCAAUAGCAAUGGUGUCACUCCUCUUCACAAAGCUGCUCAGAACAUACGUUUAUCAUGCAUUCGGUUGUUUCUUCAAAAUGGAGCGAACCCCAAUGCUACAACAUCCGAAGGAUUCACCCCUUUGCACUUAGUUGCUUUGGAUCAUUUGGGAUACUCAAUGCGCAACCACACGCUUGUGUGUGUCUCGGUUUUACUUUCUUGCAAAACAGUGGACAUGAACUGUCAGAGCAAUGGUGGUUUCAGCCCUUUGCAUCUUGCUUGUGUCAGCCCAAACGUGGCAACUGCACACAUGCUUCUGGACUACGGGGCUAGUUGUAGGCAGAGAACAAACGGGGCCGAAUCAAAACUACCUAUUGACUGUCUACCAGACGAUGACAUUCUUGGUGAAGAAAAUAGCAAGCAAAUCCAAGGGCUUCGGCAGCGUCUAGCAAUCUGCUACAAAGGUCAAGUGAGACCGUUAUUUCUACUGUGUGAAGUCUUCAUCAAGCAGCAGUUGGGAACCAACUGGCAAGACAAACUCAAAUUGCUACCGGUACCUCUUAGUGUUAAACGCUCACUCAAUCGACUGUAAUUUCCACGACUUUUAUUAUUGCAUGGCACUUCUACAUCUACUGUCAAUAAACAAAGUCAACAAAAUCAAAUAUGCCAAUCAUCC